UUUCAAGUGACGAAACGACCGGGAGGAACUCGAUUCGUAAAAGAAGCCUCGCCACGAGUUUCCAAACACCUCAAAAUGGGCGAGUCGUAAAAUUCAAUGUCGUAAAAUUGGAAGACCUUGUAUCUGGAUGCGAUGACGAAGCGCGGAGGAGGCGAGGCGUGGAAAAGGGACGGGAUCGUGUUAUAGGGUUGAGGCGAACGUGCCAAUAAACAAACGGCGAGUAAAAGUGCGAAAAAAAGGAGGUCGUGUGCAACCUUAACACGAAUCUAUUUCUUUCGAUGCAUCAUGAGAAUCCGUUGUAGGUGUAAGAAGGCGCGCGAAGCUUUCGUGACGCAAUAACGUCGAGCCUGAGCUCUCGACGACGACGACGACGACGACGACGAAUGCGAAGCUGAAGAGGAAACGUCGACGCGAGCCGAAGACGAGCAGAAGCCAGUCGGAAGAAGAGAGAAAGAGAGAGCGAGCCGCGAUUUAAGGUGUGAGACUCGGACGUCGACGAAGACGAAGACGACGUCGGGAGCCGUGUCGAGAGCAUCUCGAGGCGUCGUACAAACCGCGUGCUGAAUCAGAACGGUACCAACUACCACCGCGAACACAUCAUCGAGUUACGGAGUGGAUCUUCUGUCGCGCGGCUUAAGACCGAACGAAAAUCCCCAGUCCCUGCGCCCGCCGUCCCCUGUCCGUUCGUGAACGCGAGAACCAACCUCGGAGAAGCAGCCCCCGCGUUUCUCCACUCCCUCGCUACUUCUUAAGCAUUUUUUUCGAAUCUGCGAACACAACGAUCCAGUUGUUAAUCGAUUAUCUUCAAGGAGACGGAUAAACGAGAAACAUCGCGAACAAUGGUUUACGAGAGCGAUUUCUACACGACCCGACGACCCUACACUCGCCCGAUCUCGACGUCGUACACCGUCACGGUGAAACGGAUACCUCACCUGUUGCCCUACAUUGCUCACAAGAGGCUCAUCACGGUCGUCCACACGCCGGUCCACAGUUAUUACUAUCCUGGCACUCCGUUGCCGAUAAGAAUUCACUCGAGGGUCAGGCCCAGCGUUCUUGCUGCGGAGCUUCAACGGAUACGAGAUCUCCCAAGAACGUCACAUCAGUCCUACACUGCGAACUACCUCAACUCGAAGCCUCACGUCUUGUGGGACGAUGAGACCCGGGAAAUCCGCGCCAGGGCUGACGCUCUUCUUCGACGAAUUCACGUCUUCGUGCCACGCCCUCUAGCGAGUGACUUUGCCGAGGAUAUUGUACCGGAACGUAUGCACAGCGACGACUACAUAAGGCGUCUGAUCGGAGCGCGUAAGAACGCGAAGAAGGACGAGGAGCCAUUCUCCUACUACGAAUCACCGGACCACCGUCAUUUCGGCACCGGCAAUCUCGCCUGCGUCGCUUACACCGGAGGUAAACCUCAUUCCCGUAGGAGGCCUUACUACAAACUGACGGAUCUUCGUCCCGCUGACGUCCAAAGUGACGUCAAUAUGCUGAGUUACUACGCUAAAAAUCGCCAGGCGGCAGCGAGUGCCUAUCCGGAUAUUCCACUCACCGAACGCGAGAUUAGAAAGGCACGAGCGCUGGAGUACGAUGAGGAGCCUCGUCCGAAGAGAGCCGUAAAACGGGAACCCGAAGCGGCCGUUGAGCCGGAAGGUAAAAUAGUUGAGGAGCCAGAGCCCGUUAUCGAGGCGGCACCGGAAGCGGUGUCCGAGCCAGAGCCUGCAGUCGAACCGGAAGUUAAACCGGUGCAAGAGGCAGCAGCGCCCGCGGUGGUUAAGAAGUCGAAGAGCAAGCGAGCGUCCGCGCGGGAGCCAGCGGCUAAGCCGAUCGUCGAGCCGGAACCGGAGAAAGCGAUCGAACCAGUUGCCGAACCGGUUCCUCAGCCGGAGCAAGAAGCAGUGAAAGAGCCGGAGCCGGAAGUGCUUGCGGAGCCGGAGCCCGAGCCGGAAGUGACCGCGGCACCAGAGCCCGAACCCAUUGCUGAACCCAUCCCCGAACCCGAACCGGAAGUCCCUGUGGAACGAGAAGCGGAGCCGAUCGCUGAACCAGAGCCCGAGCCCGUCGUCGAGCCUGAGCCGGAACUCGCUGCAGAACCGACGCUUGAACCGGAGCCCGAAGUACUCGCUGAACCAGAACCCGAGCCCGUUGUCGAGGCUCAGCCGGAGCAAGAACCGGAAGCCGAAGAGACCGUUCUGUCGCCGGAGCCGGAAGAACCAGAAACUGUCGCGGACGAACCGGCCAACGAAGCUCCCGUCGAAGAAGCGACGAUUGCUGAAAGCACAGACGACGCGGCGGAAACGAAGACGGAAAACGAGACCGAGGAGGAAGUGGAGGACGAAGACGGUACGUCGCGGCAACGUGGGCUCCUACGAAUAUUAGAAACGUGGAAGACUACCUGCCCCGACGACGAUGCUAAGCCUGCCGAAGAGAGUGAAGAACAGACGACGAACUUGCUCCAGCGGAAACUCGACGAAGACGACUUGAGAAGGCAAGUCGAGGAACUGAAAAGGCAAGCAGAGGAGGAAGAGAGGCGACGAGCUGAGGAGGCCAGGUUGGCUGAGGAAAGGUGGAAGCAGGAGGAGGAGGAACGUCGACGUCGACUGAAGGAGGAAAACGAGAGGCGCCUUGCGGAAAUCGAGGAACAGGAGAGACUCGAGGCCGAGAGAAAAAUUGAGGAGGAAAGAUGGGAAGCUGAGCGUAUCAGGGACGCCAAAUUGGCUGAAAUUGAAAAACGCGCUGCUGAAUUCGACAAGUUAUUGGCUGCCGAGGAAGAAAAUCGUUACGCGAUUGAAAAAGCGAACGAGGAAGCCCACAAGAGACAGGAAAGGGAAGAAAGACUCGCCUCUGAAGUCAUACUCGGCACAUCCGAAGAUCUCCAUCAUCCUGAUGGAAGUUAUAACGAAUGCCAUUGCCAUCCUGAUGUCAAUUACCAGGAACUCGAAGAGAGGCCCGAAAGCCCCGACGCGGAGGAUGAAACCCAGAUCGAGGAGACGGAAUGCGGCGGAGGAGAGACUGAUUACGAUGACUCGACCGAUCCGUUCAUCGUUGAACACGAAGGUUUCAACAGCGCACCAGCGGAAGUUCUCGAGGCUGUUGACGAAACCGCAAUCGUUGAAGAAUCCGACACGAACGUUGACAACUUUUGGGGCGACAGUGACGCGUAACAGGGACAACUGGCCACAAACUUUUUCAAUCGCCAUCCAAUAAUAUCGAGUUCCUGCUAUUCUCGGUCCUCGUUCUCACAUCUUCGCCACGGUCCAUGAAUAAACAUUUUCACGUUCCUUUCCAUCCAAAUCUCAUCGAACUUUUCGAAAUCUCAUGAUGGAAAGGAAGCUCUGGGAGUAAAAUUACGUAAAAGCCAAGAUUUUUUCAACAGGAAGAUCGUCCUUUCGAUUUCAUCUCCUCGCUUGUUAAAUCUUGCAGUACAUUUUUCGUCCGCGUCAAAAAUCGCAGGACAAAAUAUUUUUUGUUUCGGAAAAAAAUCGACUUUCGUGCGCCACAAAACAACGUCCUACCAAACGAACCAUUCAUCGAGAAACAGAGAAAAAAAUAACCCGAAAGAUCCCCAGUGGCAAAUCCAAUUUAACAGAUGUCACUCGAUCGUGGGCUAUCACAUGAAAAUGUAUAAGAAUUCAAUUUUCGUAAAAGGAUCUUAAUCAUCUUGUGCGUAUUAUACGACGAGGCCGGAAGUAUUGUUAGACAAUCUCAGAUCUACGUAGAGGUAUUGAGAAUGAGAGACCAAAGAAUGGGAAAAUGGAAGAAAAACGUUGAUACUUGGGAAGGAAAGAGUACAAAAAUAACAAGCUCUAUGAGAAUUGGGUUCGAUCUCGAUAGUGUCGUUGUUACGAGUGGGGAAGCAAUCUUCCUAGAUUUAAGGCUAACAUACACGCCCUAUUUAUCGUACUGUGCUAUAUAUAUAUAAUUGGGCAUCGUUACGCGCUCACUAUUUAUUAUCUUUCACGUGCCUCUACGUUGGCGUUGCGUUUUUAUUUAUUUCGUAUCGAAUUCAACACCGUUUACACUAUAGCGAGUACUGAUGAUUCGUUGAAACACACAAAUUGUAACACUUUUAGCGAAUACGUGUGUUAAAUUGUGUUAACUUUCAAGCGCCUUCGUUAAUCGACUAAAGUCCAACGUAUCUCGAUAUUUACUGAUUCAAUGGAUUAGUAUUCUGUACAAAUAUACUUCUCUUUGUCUACA